GUCCAUUCUCUCCCUCUUGUAUUCUCUCUCUAUAUUUAACAAUAAUUAUAAUAAUAAUUAAACAUCUUUGUUAAUGAAAAAUUAAAUUAAAAUAUCUUCCGUAACACUCAAAUCUUUCUCCCUCUUCAUUCAUCUCUGAUUCGAUUUUACGUCAGGUAUAUUCUAAUGGAUUCUAAAUCAGUUGUGGAUAUGAUAGAGGCAUCCUCAGGGGUCCAUUUUUCUGGGUUUCAUAUGGAUGGUUUGGAGUCAAGAAAUACAGAGACGGGGCAACCAAUGACCUGUGAAACUGAAAAGAUAUAUAAACAACCAUUUGUCAUUGGGGUUGCUGGGGGAGCAGCUUCUGGAAAGACUACAGUUUGUGAUAUGAUUAUUCAGCAACUUCAUGAUCAACGUGUUGUUCUUGUUAACCAGGAUUCCUUUUACCACAAUCUGACUGAAGAGGAACUUACACGGGUCCAUGAAUAUAACUUUGACCAUCCUGAUGCAUUUGACACUGAAAAACUAUUAUGUGACAUGGAGAAGUUGAGGCAUGGGCAAGCAGUAGAUAUUCCAAACUAUGACUUCAAGAGUUACAAAAAUGAUGUUUUUCCUGCAAGACGGGUCAAUCCUUCAGAUGUUAUAAUAUUGGAAGGCAUACUUGUUUUCCAUGACCCUCGUGUCCGAGAUUUGAUGAACAUGAAGAUAUUUGUUGAUACAGAUGCUGAUGUACGCCUGGCAAGAAGAAUAAGGCGUGAUACUGUUGAGAAGGGUAGAGAUAUUGGUGCAGUCCUUGAUCAGUACUCAAAAUUUGUGAAGCCGGCUUUUGAUGACUUCAUACUUCCAACAAAGAAGUAUGCAGAUAUAAUAAUUCCCCGAGGAGGAGAUAAUCAUGUAGCUGUUGAUUUGAUUGUACAGCAUAUUCGUACAAAGCUUGGUCAACAUGAUCUUUGUAAAAUAUACCCUAAUUUGUAUGUCAUUCAAUCAACCUUUCAGAUUCGAGGUAUGCAUACCCUUGUACGUGAUUCUCAAACAACAAAACAUGACUUUGUUUUUUAUGCUGACCGUUUGAUUCGCUUGGUUGUUGAACAUGGUCUGGGACAUCUACCAUUUACGGAAAAGCAAGUGACCACUCCCACUGGGUCUGUGUAUACUGGUGUGGAUUUCUGCAAGAGGUUAUGUGGUGUCUCUGUAAUUAGGAGUGGUGAGAGUAUGGAGAAUGCCUUACGAGCAUGUUGUAAAGGUAUCAAGAUUGGGAAGAUACUUAUUCAUAGGGAAGGUGACAAUGGUCAGCAGGUUUGUAGAUGCUUCUUUCUCUAUACUUAUGUGGAUGUCCCUGUAGGGUUCAGGGGUGUCUCUUUAUCUGUUGUAGAAUUGUUAAAUUCUGACUGUUUUCUUGGUCCAAUAAUUUGGCAGCUAAUCUAUGAGAAAUUGCCACAAGACAUCUCAAAGAGACAUGUGUUGCUAUUGGAUCCCAUUCUAGGGACAGGCAACUCAGCAGUUCAAGCUAUCUCUUUACUGAUUAGCAAGGGUGUUCCAGAGUCCAAUAUUAUAUUUCUUAAUCUGAUAUCUGCACCUCAGGGAGUUCAUGUGGUCUGCAAAAGGUUCCCAAGAAUAAAGAUUGUGACAUCUGAGAUUGAAAUUGGUCUGAACGAAGAUUUUCGUGUCAUUCCUGGCAUGGGAGAGUUUGGAGAUAGAUAUUUUGGUACAGAUGAUGAUCAACCAGUGGUGACCCUUACACAAUAAGUUCAAUAGAGAGUUGUUGAUUAUCCGUGAGUUGUUGGGGGGAAAUCAGCUUGAUGUGCUGUUACUCUAUAUAUUCCAAGUUCUUUGAUUUUAGUUUUCAACAAAUUUUGACUUCAUUAAACCUGUAAUUUCCCCAUCUCAUGGUCAAGUUUUUGAAACUUUGCAACAUUAGAUUAUAAAAUCAUGCACCUCUUGGUUCUAUUA